AUGAUUGAUAUGAAAUAUCCGACAAACACUGAUUUGUGCUUUCUUUUUGUUUCUUUCCAUAUCUAUCUAUCUACCUAUCUAUCUACCUAUCUUUUCUACAUCCAUCUAAGUCUUUUGAUAUCUAUCUAUCUAUCUUUUCUACAUCCAUCUAAUCUUUUGAUAUCUAUCUAUCUAUCUAUCUGUCUGUCUUUUCUACAUCCAUCUAAGUCUUUUGAUAUCUAUCUAUCUAUCUAUCUAUCUUCUUUUGAUAUCUAUCUAUCUAUCUAUCUAUCUAUCUAUCUAUCUAUCUAUCUAUCUAUCUGUCUUUUCUACAUCCAUCUAAGUCUUUUGAUAUCUAUCUAUCUAUCUAUCUCCGAUCUAUCUAUUUGUCUUUUUCAUCCAUCUAUCUAUUUUGAUACAUCUAUCUAUCUUUUUUAUCUAUAUUUGUCUUUUGAUAUCUAUCUAUCGAUAUCUAUCCUGUCUUUUGAUAUCUAUCUAUCUAUCUAUCUAUAUUUAACUCUUUUGAUAUUUAUCUAUUUAUCUAAGUCUUUUGGAUAUAUCUAUCUAUAUCUAAGUCUUUUGACAUCUAUCUAUCUAUCUAUCUAUAUCUAA